GCCCGAUCAUGCAAUGUGAAUCAUUGCGCCAAAUGUCAGUUUUUAUGCGAAAUGCUACUAUUUUGAGACUUUAGUUUUAGAGACUUUGUUGGCAUUGGCAUAAUUUAAGCAGCAGUCAAGGCUCCCUGGAGCAGGCCCUGGCUUCGAGUCAUCUUUUGGAGGAAUACAACCGCCACCAUCGCCGCCAAACGGACACAUUCCUAGUAAUAAACUCGGCUCAGAGAUACAAGACAUAAAAAUGGAUCCCCCACCAUGUGUCCAGAACGCCAUGAUGAAACAAGACAAGAAACCCUUCACCUACACCCCCGGCGGCAUCGACCUGUCCGAAAUCAAAUCGCCAAGAAUGGCCCGAAGAAUAGAACGCAACGCCAACUACACCGGCGCCCCUGAAGGCCCCCGCCCCGUUGCACAACAACCCGUCGGUCCCUUACCGCCCUCGGCUUUGGCGGCGAUGCAGCCCCAAAUGCACGUCCAAGUCUUCCCCACGGGUCCGCCGCCACCACCACCCGGACCCAGAGGCGGCCCUCCUCCCCCACCCCCACCUCCCCCAGCCAACAUACCGCCUCCUCCGCCUCCACCAUCCGGGCCUCUACCCACACAAAAGGUCGUCACAUCCGAAAACCAGGUGCUCGAAAGACCCGACAUGACGAAAAUCAUCCCUGAUAACCCGAUGAUGAUGCUACGGAAAACCGGGGGGCCGCAACCUAGGGAUUCCUUCAUCGACGAACUGUACGGGCAGAAGUCGAUGAAGACGCCGCCGGUGAGGUCACCCCCGGUGCAACAAGGACCGAGGUGGCCGCAACAGAACCACAACCAGCCGCCGCCGCCGCCGCAGCAGUGGUCCCCGCCGGUGCAAGAAGUACCGAGGUACCAAGCUCAGCAGCCGUCUCCUCCAGUCCAGGCGAGUCCUCCAGUGCAGCCGGAACCGCAGCGGUACCACCCGAAGGUCAUCGAAAGGGUCCCUAGUCAGGAGGAACCAAUCAAAACAAGCACUGCUCAUUUGGGGUCGCUCUAUAUACCUCCGAUCAACCAACAGCAGCAGCAGCAGCAGCAAAGAAACGUGACAAGUCCUCCGCCGCCUCCAAAACGUGACCCCCAGUCCCCUCAAAUCCAGUCGCCGUCAACGCCGACACUAAAAGAAGCACCACGACCGUGGCAGAAGCAGCAGAAACAGCCAGAGGAAUUACCAGCAUGGGCUAAGAAAGAACCGGUGGCUGCACCUCCUCAACAAAGGCCACCUCCUCAAGCUCAAUCGAGAUCACCUCCGGUUCAACAACAGCCCAGUCCCAACGCUGUUUAUGUUACUCAGCCUUUGGUGUUUCAACAUCCAGGGCCUCCGCCGAAUCGUCAACAACAACAACAACAACAACAACAACCAAGAAGAGAUGAACAGGGAGCCGUACUUAUACCUGUACAGAUUGAAAGAAAAACUCCUGCUACUCCUGUAACUCCUGGAAAUGACAGGUCUCUGAAUCGUCAACAGAGCUGGAAUAACACCCCGACUCAGUCGAAUUCGUUCAAGGUUCUCCAGAAGCUCACCCAGACCGAGGGUGACGAAGAAGACGAGAACGCUCCCGUUGUGGAGCACGGUCCCAGGUACCCGCAGCAGUUCCAGCAGACUCCACCGGUCGAGCAGAUGAGGAAGUUGAAGUUGUCCGAGGGUGAUAGAGAAUUGAUGAAUAGAUUCAGACAAGGUGUAGACGAUGAUACUUCCCUUCAUAACGAAGUAGACCCGAGAUAUCGGGGUCCGGCUAUCCCAUCAAAAGCUUUUAAACUCCUUCAAUCAAUGACUGAUGGAUCUUCUGAUACUCCUGUCGGUGCCACUGUUUCACGUGGACCGCCUACACCCACCGGGAACCGAACUCCUCAGAUCAGGAACAUACCGAUUCAGAUAGAAAGGGACGACCAACCCAAGAAUUACGUCCAUCCGAGCGAACAGACCGUCCCGGAGCCCAAGAAAUACACAGGUAGCUCAAUACCGAGCAGGUCUUUCAAGAUCUUACAGGCAAUGACUGCGCCUGAUAGUUGUGCCAAUGCCAAUGAAGUAAACGAAAACUACGACCCCUCCUCGUAUAACCAAUGGGGCUACGACCCCAACUACCCUCCCCCUUACCCUCCAUACUGGCCCGAUUACUAUUACAAUUAUUAUUACCCGAGUAAGGAACAGAAUGAGAGCGAAAGAGACAUGCGCCAGACACCCGUGCCGUUCUGGGGGUACUACCCCCCGCCGUCGCCUUACCCGUACGUGCAGCGCCCUCUCCGAACACCAGACGUAGAAUCAGAGAGUAGUACCGCUAGAAAUACGCCGUUGCCGUGGGGGUACUACCCUCCGUACUACGCACCAACGCCGACUCCGAGCAGAGAAAUCGAAGAGUACUACUCGGAAAAAGAAGAAAGCAGCCAGCAGAAUUACGCACCGCCACCGCCGCCGUACCAGUACCCGCCGUACUGGGAUCCGUACUACUACUACUACGGGUACCCACCAGUGUACUCACCGUAUCCGUUCUACGAACAAACCGAUGGUGAAGAAACCGCAGGGUACUCGUCCACGGACGAAAUGGCGUACUUCAGUCAAAGAAUCAAAAACGAGAGAGACGAGUCGGAACGAGAGGCUUCCAAGACCCCCAAAAUCUUGGUAACUCCGACUUUGCCUCAAGAAUUCAACCACCCGAAACCAGAGACCGAAUCCGAGCGCGAUUCCUCCGAGUCCGACUCAGAAACGGAAGUGGAAACUGAAGAAGAACGCUUCCAGACGAAACGCAGCCAAAGUUCUAACGGGCUACAAGCCAUCCCGUCGGUCAAAGACAUCAAAAUUUACGACAAUGAAGACGAACAGAACUCCGACGAGGAAGAAAACGCUGAUGAUUGUUCGGAAGAAACGGAAGACAAUGAAGAUUCGAUUUCGUACGUGGUGGAAGAGGAGGAAACGAUCCCUCACCAACUGAGCGUCAUUUUUGAAGAAAGCGAGCGGAGCGACUCGAAACGGGAAUCAAGCGUGCUGAGCGACUCGACCACCAUCGCUGACAAAAGCGACGGUGAAGAAGACGAAGAUGAAGAAAACUCGACCGCUGUUAGCGUCAAGUUACCGUUGAAAUUCAAGGUCGAGGUGACGGACAACAAGGAGAUAACCACUGUGAUCGUGGGUGAAAGCGAGAUCAAAGUUGAAGAUGACCAAGAUGGUGAAGACGAAACAGGCGAUACAUUCGCCGCCUUCACUAUCAAGUCGGUUGCGAAAGCGACCGAACCAGAAACCGAAGCUGUGAUUUGUGCUAGUGAUGAUGACAAAACUAUUCCAAAAGAGGACGAAGAGGAAGAGCAAGACUGGUGGGGAAUCUUGAACAAAGAUGACGAUGUUCUUCCCGUUCGUCCGAAGAAAUAUGAACCGUACGAAGAAGAAGAAGAGAAAAAAGAAGAUAAAGUGGAAGUUGUUGUUGAAGAAGAAAAGAGUGAUGUUGUCGUUCCGGUGUUGCCGGAGAGGUACGAACCGUACAAGCCGGAACCACACGUCACUAGUGACAAGAAAGGGAAAGAAGACGACGCGAGUUCUACCAGCUCUAGUGAUAGCAGCUCGAGUAAGAGCUCAUCCGCGUCGAAGAAAGAGGAAGUGGAAAGUGAAGAUUCGUCUUCAGAAUCAGAGGACGAUAGUGAUUCGGAUGAAGACAGCGAGAUGGAGAAGAUAAACGAUGUUAACAACAACGCGAAAGAGGAUCAAGAGAGCGUUCCUGAGCCGUUGUCGAUCAAAGAACGCAUUCGAGCCCUUAAAGAUAGUAUUAAUAGUAAAUCGGAGAGAGUUAAAGAAGAUAGUGAGAUUAAAAUGUCGGUGAAGCAGAAAGUGUCGGCUAUUGAGUCUGGUACUAUGCAGAAUAGUAAGACGACGUCGACUAAGAGCAGUGUGAAGUCGUUUGAAGAAUUUAGCGAAGAAGAGGGAGAUUCUGGGGUUACUUCAGACAUGAGUAGACACAUUUCUGACAAUGAAGAAUUCCCAGAGUUGAAGAAAAUGACUCGAUAUCAGCGUGCAGCGACUCAUUCGAGGUUGUUUAAGUUAUUGCAGGAAGUUUGUGAGGGUGAAGAAGACUCUGACGACGAAGACGAUGGUAACGAAAAAACUGAUACACAAAUUCCUGAGACGAAAAAAGAAGAAACGACGAUGCGGCGCGACCAGUUGAGUUUGCCGCUGAACAACACGAGUGACGAAAGUUUCAGCUCUAGUGGAAUUACAUCACCAGGGUCUCCCGUCAGCGAAAAACUAGUGUCAGAGUUAGUCCAAAGUAUCCUGAAACGUAAAAAGGGUCAAGCUUUCCGAAAUGUUCCUCGAGAGAAGCUUCAAGCCGCUGCCCGAAGAAUCUUGAUGGAAGAGUUUGACGACUCUUCCACGCCCGAUAGUAGUUUUUUGUCGCCUCUGCGGAACAACACUGAGAGUUCUACGCCGGCUCAGACCCCUCAAGAGUUCUACAACGACUAUAAGCAAUAUUACGAUACUUGGAGCGACGCGGAUUUUUUGUACAACGAGAAUUACGACAUUUUGCCGUCGAAGGCCUUCAGAUUGUUACAGGAACAUUCGGGUUCGAAUAGAACGGGAGCAAUAGCCGGGUUGUUGGCGAAAUGUCCGAAAAUUCUGAGUUCCAAAAACGUCCAUCAAGAACUGUUGAAAUUGAUGGAGGAAUCCUGUGAAUCUCCUUCCACUGAUAAAUCCCUUGAACCAAGCGAGGUCACGAGUGCUUCUUGAUCGAAACGAGGAGGUGGAAUAAUCGAAAUUGUUUUAUUGACACGGACCCGGUUUUGCGAUGAGGUCCCGAUCAAUCAGAUCUGUAAUAUUCUGAAGUUAUCGUCUUGAUGACAGGGAUUAAAGAUUUUCUCAUCACAACAUCAUGUCGAAAUGAGCUAUUUUUCUUUUUCAAACAAGUUUGCUGUUUUGCUUUUUGCAGAAUCGUUUUCAUUUUACAAACAACUUUUUUGUAUGAGCGUAAGAUUGGUUAAUUGCUGUAAAUACCCGUUUCGGUUCUUUUAAAGUUAAUCAAAUCUUGCAAGGAUUGUUCUGUUUUAUUUCAAAACUACUUAAGCGUUUAGUCGUUUAUGCAAUUUUCUUGAUGCUGUUGUAUAUAAGGUGUCAUACUGCUCUACGUUGUUGUAUACUUAACUAUGUAUUAUUUAUGUAACAUAUUUUUAAAUAAACGUAUUUAAUUAA